AAAACCGACGAGGUGACCGGAAACAAUCAAUCGCUGGCCGGAAAAAAUGGUGAUCAGCACGACGAUCGCCGAUUAUGAUCAAAACCUACACUCUACUUUCGCUUCUAGAUAUGUCCGUACAUCUCUUCCAAGGUUUAAGAUGCCCGAUCAACCGAUACCGAAGGAUGCGGCAUAUCAGAUAAUAAACGAUGAGUUGAUGCUCGAUGGUAAUCCGAGGCUAAACUUGGCGUCAUUUGUGACGACGUGGAUGGAGCCAGAGUGCGAUAAACUUAUCAUGUCAUCUAUCAACAAGAACUACGUUGACAUGGACGAGUAUCCCGUCACCACCGAACUUCAGAACAGGUGCGUAAACAUGAUCGCUCGACUGUUCCAUGCUCCAAUCGGAGAAGACGAUACUGCUGUCGGUGUGGGAACGGUUGGAUCAUCGGAAGCGAUAAUGCUCGCCGGUCUCGCUUUCAAACGGAAAUGGCAGGCCAAGAGAAAAUCGCAAGGAAAAACUUGCGAUAACCCCAAUAUCAUCACCGGAUCGAAUGUGCAGGUCUGCUGGGAGAAGUUUGCGAGCUAUUUUGAGGUCGAAUUGAAAGAGGUGAAAGUGAAAGAAGGAUACUAUGUGAUGGAUCCCGUGAAAGCGGUCGAAUUAGUGGAUGAAAACACGAUCUGUGUGGCUGCGAUUCUUGGUUCGACGAUGACCGGAGAGUUUGAAGACGUUAAGCUUCUUAACGAGCUUUUAACAAAGAAAAACGAAGAAACAGGAUGGAACGUCCCGAUUCACGUUGAUGCUGCAAGUGGAGGGUUUGUUGCCCCUUUUCUGUACCCCGAUCUUGAAUGGGAUUUUCGUUUGCCGCUCGUGAAGAGCAUCAACGUCAGCGGUCACAAGUACGGGCUCGUAUACGCCGGCGUUGGUUGGGUCGUUUGGCGGACGAAAGACGACUUGCCGGACGAGCUCGUGUUUCAUAUAAAUUACUUGGGAUCUGAUCAACCUACCUUCACUCUCAACUUCUCUAAAGGGUCGAGCCAGAUAAUUGCGCAGUACUACCAGUUCAUACGACUUGGCUUCGAGGGUUAUCGGGAUGUCAUGAAGAACUGUAACGGAAACGUAACGGUGCUUAAAGAAGGGUUAGAAAAGACUGGGAGAUUUAAUAUAAUCUCUAAAGAUGUUGGCAUUCCUUUACUAGCGUUUUCGCUUAAAGACAGUUCAAGAUACACUGUGUUCGAUAUAUCCGAGUCUCUGAGACGAUUCGGAUGGAUCGUUCCGGCAUACACCAUGCCACCGGAUGCGCAACAUAUUUUGGUUCUCAGAGUCGUGAUUCGUGAAGAUUUCAGCCACAGUCUAGCUGAUCGACUAAUUGCGGAUAUCGUCAAAGUGGUUAACGAGAUGGAAGAUGCACAAUCAAUUGCGAGCAUGAGCCAUGCACAUGAUGGCACGCCCAGUGAUCGUAGCACAAGGGAGAUGCAACGGGGAAUAACCAAAUACUGGCGGCGAUUUGUUCAUGGUAAGAAAACGAGUAGCGUCUGCUAGUUGGUUGGUUAUUUGGUUCAUCGUAUAUGGGCCAACUUAAUGACAUGUCCUUCGAUCGGCUACGAAUACGCGACCGAUCUAAUACAGAGUUUUAAGACUUCGUUUUUUUUUUUUUUUGCAAUUUCAAUUCCUUGCCAUCAU